GCGCUCCGCCGAGGGGAGAAGGUGAAUGAGACACAGAGAGAGGGGCAAGAUGGCGGCGGCCGGGAUGAGGGCCAUGGUGGGAGUGAAGCGAGUCAUUGACUACGCUGUGAAGACUACUGCUCUUGCAGGUGCGGGUGAAGCCAGACAAGACGGGUGUGGUGACGGAUGGGGUGAAACAUUCCAUGAACCCUUUCUGCGAGAUCGCUGUGGAGGAGGCUGUUCGUCUCAAGGAGAAGAAGCUUGUCUCUGAAGUGAUUGCUGUAAGCUGUGGUCCACAGCAGUGCCAGGAGACAAUCCGCACAGCUCUUGCAAUGGGGGCCGACCGAGGGGUACAUGUGGAGAUUCCUGCAAAGGAUUAUGAGAGUCUUGGCCCCUUCCAGGUUUCAAAGAUCUUAGCUGCGUUGGCCAAGAAGGAAGGUGUUAACCUUCUGCUGCUUGGCAAACAGGCCAUUGACGAUGACUGUAACCAGACAGGACAAAUGACAGCAGCAUUUCUUGACUGGCCUCAGGGGACAUUUGCCUCUGAAGUAACGGUGGAUGGGGACUGGCUGAAGGUCGAGCGUGAAAUUGAUGGGGGGCUGGAAACGGUGCGCCUGAAGCUGCCUGUGGUGGUGACUGCUGACCUACGACUCAAUGAGCCACGCUAUGCCACCUUACCCAAUAUCAUGAAAGCUAAAAAGAAGAAGAUUGAAGUGGUCAAACCAUCAGAUCUUGGUGUGGACCUUACGUCACGAGUGAAAACUCUAAAUGUGGAGGACCCUCCACAGCGCAGUGCUGGAGUCAAGGUGGAGACAGUGGAUGAUCUGGUUGCAAAGCUCAAAGAGAGUGGGCGAAUAUGAGCCCUCAUGACAUUUUGCCUUCCUUGGAGCUGCUGCUGGUCUGCCGCUGUUGAGGGAGCUUUGGCCUCGCGAGGCCCAUCUUCCUGCCUCUUGGAGAACUAACUGAUCAGUCCUCCUGGGAUCGUAACCAUGCUGCCUUCCAGCCCAGCUGCCCGCCAAAGACAGCUGAAUGAGAAUUUAAUUCUAUUUUCUGUACUAACGAUGGGUCGGUUUGCAAUAAAUGUCGUGUGAUCUUUG